GAGCCCAGUUGUUCUCUCAGCGGAUUCUCAGGGGCUGGUUCAUCACCUUUGAAUACUCCUGUGACAGGAGGCGCUUGCAAAACCCGCCCCCAGCCCCCAGCAGCAAAUAAAUAGAAAGCUCCCAGUCCAGAAGCCAGGAGAAGUUUCUAGGCGCGCGUGUCCCCGGCUUUAUUAAACUCCUGGCUGCUGUGCUCAAGACCUCAGCAGGCUUUGGCUGGGAGCCGGGGCAGCCUGGGAGGAGGGCAGCCGGUGGCUUGCUGAUAGCCUGGUGAGGUGGGACUGAGAGAGGCCCUCUGGGAUUCUGCUGGGCCCGCUUAAGGGGUCACCUUUGUGAGCCAGGACCUCAACUCAAUUCUGGACAGCGGAUGGUUGGGCUCGUGGCUAAAGGAAGAUCAGCAUUUUCUGAAGUGGAGGACUAAACUCUGAAAGCCACCUCAAGCCACAUCACCUUGCUGUGUGACCUUUGGGUAGGUGGCUCUGUCUCUCUGAGCCUCUGUUUCCCUUUGUAAGCUCAACAAACACCAUGGCUGACGGGCAAUUGCCUUUUCCGUGCUCCUACCCAAGCCGCUUGCGCCGAGACCCCUUCAGGGACUCACCGCUCUCUUCCCGCCUGCUGGACGAUGGCUUUGGCAUGGACCCCUUCCCAGACGACUUGACAGCCCCUUGGCCCGAGUGGGCUUUACCUCGGCUCUCUUCUGCCUGGCCUGGAACCCUAAGGUCUGGCAUGGUACCCCGAGGGCCUCCAGCCACAGCCAGGUUUGGGGUGCCUGCUGAGGGCAGGAGCCCUCCACCCUUCCCUGGGGAGCCUUGGAAAGUGUGUGUCAACGUGCACAGCUUCAAGCCAGAAGAGCUGAUGGUAAAGACCAAGGAUGGAUACGUAGAAGUGUCAGGCAAGCAUGAAGAGAAGCAGCAGGAAGGUGGGAUUGUCUCCAAGAACUUCACCAAGAAAAUACAGCUUCCUGCAGAAGUGGAUCCAGCGACGGUAUUUGCCUCGCUUUCUCCAGAGGGGCUGCUCAUCAUCGAGGCUCCCCAGGUCCCUCCUUACUCACCCUUUGGAGAGAGCAGCUUCAACAACGAGCUUCCUCAAGACAACCAGGAAGUCACCUGUUCCUAAGACGUCAGCCUUGGUCCUUCUUUGCUCCUGUCCCCAGCCCCAGGGACUCUCUGAUUUGAGGGUACAUGACUUUAGCAGCACUCAGAUUUAAGGCAACUCAGAUGUUGGGGGUUGGGAGGGAGAAACGAAUGACCGUCCCUGGCUAAUGUAGUAAUAGAUUUCUUCACAGGGUGACGUAAUGGGCCAGCCUUGCUUGGUUGCGUUAGUUAGGUCAAAGUAUUGGGAGGUUUUUCUUCAUCUUAUCUGGGUGAAGAUGCCACAUGGUCUAUAGUUGCAAAAACAAGCAAAUGGGGACUGAAGAUUUCAUGUUACAUUUUUACCUUGCAGCUAAUGCAAGAGUUGCUUUUCUCUGGGGACCUUCCCAUCACCCAGAUCCCUGCCCUGGGCUCUCCUUAUAUGUGGCUUGGUUGAUGGGACUCAUUGGCUCACCUCAGUGUGUUUCUAAACUCUUUGUCUAGACGAGAUUAUAGGUAGGUCUUAUGUCCUCAUAUGGGAUUUAUCCAUUACCACACAACACAGUGCCUUUUUUUUUGCAGCAUGACCCCGUGGCUCUCAAACCAUCACCACCAAAGACUCUGGGGAGCCCCUCAGUUAAUUCUCUGGCUAAGGUUCCCCUUUUAUUGUGUCCCCUGUGUCCAAGUCAGAUUUUUACAGAGAGCUGUCUUCAGGCAGCGCCACCAGGAACCAAGCAAAGGCCAGACAGCCUGGCACGCAGGCUAGUGGCAUUGUGUAUGUGGGGGGAUGUGUGUGUCUUUGUUGUGUGAACUGUGCUGUUGUUUAGGGGGAAAAUAACGGUACAUAAUAAUGGCGAUAAUAAAGGAGCUGAUGUUCUUCUUAA